ACGGCUGGGACGGGGCUGAGCGGAUCCCUUGCCCCUCCCGGGGGCACCGGGGACGCCGCCGGCUCCGGCUCUGCCUUCCCCGCGCCCCGGGCGCCAUUAGCGCUCCGUGACGGCCGCCCCGGCGCGGGCGUGACAGUCCCGGGCAGGCUCCCCGCCACACCCCGGCACAGGCUGCCCGUCCCGGGCGGACUCCCCGCCACACCCCGGCACAGGCUGCCCGUCCCGGGCGGACUCCCCGCCACACCCCGGCACAGGCUGCCCGUCCCGGGCAGGCUCCCCGCCACACCCCGGCACAGGCUGCCCGUCCCGGACGGACUCCCCGCUACAUCCCGCCCGUCACUGGCGGGUUCCCCGUGCCCGGGAUGGCGCUGACGCUGCUGGACGUGGCGCACUGGAGCACAUGGGCGGUGUGUGCCGUGAUGAAGCUGCCGCAGCUGGUGGCAGUGCUGCAGGCCGGCUCGGCGCGGGGGAUCAGCGUGGGCAGCCUCCUCCUGGAGCUGGCCGGCUUCAUUGUGUUUCUGAGGUACCAGAUCUACUAUGGUUACCCUCUGCAGACAUACCUGGAAUAUCCCAUCAUCAUUGCACAAGAUGUCAUUCUCCUUCUGUGCAUUCUGCAUUUCUAUGGAAAAAUGAAACGAGCUUUGUUCUUUGCAGUUGUAUUUUGGGGGAGCUGGUACAUGUUAACACUGCAGAAGUGGAUAAUAGACCUGGCUAUGAACCUGUGCACGUUCAUCAGCGCAGCCAGUAAGCUGGUUCAGCUGUGGUCUCUCUGGCAGACCAGAGAUUCCGGAGAAGUGAGCGCCUUGACCUGGAGUUUGUCUGCGUACACCUGUGCAACAAGAAUAUUUACAACUGUAGUGACUACAAGUGAUCUCGCAGCUUCUUACCAUCCUGAGAAAACUGGAAGAGCUAGGGAGUGCACCAGAUUUUUCAGUAAAUGGUUCAAAAUCAAGACUUGGUGGAUGGAAGAACAGUAGCAAAAUCCCUUUGUGCUUCAUCUGGUGGUACCUCAUUCUUGUUCAAAACCACUCUUUCAUCAGAAGCACCAUUUGCAUGGAUUUCAUCCUUUUCAUGCAGCACAGGAAGGCCGCAGCUUUACAACCAUUUCAAGCGGCUCUUUCACUGGAAAAGGAAGGCCCAUUUCAAUCCCCCAUUUCCACCCCCAUGCUUGCUGCUUUCUUUUUGCCAGAGUAAGGAGUUCAUGGGGCCAUGAUGUUAACUGGGUCAUCAGAAAUUUGGCAGAAUGCACGUGCAUAAAUUUAGUCAGGGUCAGGUAUGGAGCCCACCUUGUCUGCAGCUACACACACACAGAGAAGUGAGAGAAGUUCACUGCAGGGAGGGAGGAAACACCAGGAAGGUAAAGCUGGCUCUGGGUAAAGUAUAAAACCCAGCACCAUCCACUUCAGAACAGGGAAGAGACAGCAGCAAACACUGAUGCUGUGCUGCUCUAACGGGAAAUGUUUCUGAUUAACUUGUAACACUUGUAACUUCCACAUGUACAGAACUGUCAAGUUUAUCUCCUACUUCGGGAACGAAGUUCUGUGUACAUUUCUGUGAAUAUUCAAAUUACCAAAUGGGCAUUGGACAUGCCUGUACUUCAAACUGUGGUCUCACAGGUAGAAGUACUGUGCCUAUUAUGGUUUGUAAAAAAGCUGAGUUAAUCAAGGUACUGAAAAACUGAUUUUUUUUGGUCAGUUGUCAUUCAUUAAAAUCUGACAAACACACGUAUUUCCUGUCUCCUCAAAGUCUACACUUAACAGAUGGCAGUAGAGAAUAAUCCCUUUAUUAUAAACAACAUGUGCAACUCUAAAGGACGUGAUCUAUGACUUUGAGUUUAGCUUUUGGUGUAAAUAAAAAUUUAUAUGAGGCUACUCACACUUGUAGUACUCUCCUGGCUUUGUUAGAAAAUAAUUAAAUGUACUGCAGUGUAUCAUUUUCAGGUAUCACUGCAAGUGAUUAAGUGCUAAAUACUCUUUUCUGUUGUAUUUACACUCAGAAUUUCUGGGUUCCUAAACAUAGUAAUUGAAACUAAUUGGCUGAAAAGAGCUGCAGAAUAGGAACCAGCCUGUCUGUGCACCAGCAAAGGUUUACAAAACAACUUGUCCUGUGAAAACAACAGCAGUUGGGUUUUUUUUUGAUUAAUGCUUACAGUAUUUUUUU